GACGCCAUCUCGGGACACCUGUUCUGGAUGGUGAAGGACUACCGGGCCUGAAGAAGGGAACGGAGGAUCGGGUCUAGGAAACUCAACACCUGCACGAGAAAUCGCCACAUGGACCGCUAAUCCGGCCGUAUUGAAACUCGGACGGAUCAUCAUGGAAACCUACUACGGCGUGGUGCGGUCCCCCGCUGACGCCAUCAAGCUAUUCGAAGCAUGCAGGCUCGGCCUCCUUCCGCGGGUCCAGAGGAGGUUAUCGGAAAAAGAGCGGCAAGCCAUCCGGUCCGGCUCCGUGUUCGUUUGGGAUGAACGGGAAGCUGGCAUGCGGCGGUGGACAGACGGCAAGUCAUGGAGCGCUAGCCGUGUCGCUGGGAGCUUCCUGACGUACAGGGAAAUGGAAGGCAAGAGGGGGAACGCUUUUGGCGGUGGGAGGAGAGCCGCUGGAAAGACGCCUGACUCUGGGCGGGGAAGCGACGAGGAUCACGACGAUGGGGAACCGGACGGCUACCGGUACAAGCCCGACGGGCUAACGAAGCAAUCCUUCAGCAUCACGAACGCGGCGGGUCAGCACCUCCACCUGAUUGCUUACUAUUCCCGAGGGCCACUGGACUUGCCCCUGCCUAGCAGCGAUCCGUCGCUCAGGCAUAUCGUUCCGGCAAAAGGCAUGUACCCGGAAUCGAGCCUCGCCGAGACCACACCUCCAGCACCGGCGAGGGCGCCUCUACCCCAACCAUCCUACAUGCCACACCACCACCAGCCACCGCCUCCUCCUCACGGCUACCCCCCGCAGUACCCGCAUCCGGGCUAUGCAUGGCCGCCCUCGCCCGUCGGGACACCGCCUUACGGCCACGGCCACUACCCAUAUUCACAAGGCCCUCCGCCUGCAGGGUCACACGCGUAUCCCCCGCACCCGCAGGCGCACCCCUCUUAUGCGCCCCCGGAGCCAAACUCGGCCCACGAACGGACACCGCUGCCCCCGCCGCAUCCGCACUCGUACGCUCACCAACACCCACACGCGCAACAUCACCCAGAACCACAACACCAACAACACCAACAACACCCACAACAUCCACAACAUCCGCAGCACCCACAGCAAAGUCAACACCAACAACACCAGCACCCGCAUCCACAUCCACAACUACCCGCCUUGGUUCCCCCCAGGAUAGGGAUGCCACCCGCACAGCCUUACCCACAAAACCAAAACCACUCACCCCAAGCCGCCCCGCCUCGCCUCUCCCUACUCGAAUCACCCCGAUCACAACAUCUCCAAGCCAAGGCCAGAGAAGCCGUGCAAAUCGAGCCGCGCCUCGCCCCCAUCGACGCAGCGCGCAACCAACACAGCCCGCUCCCAGCACCCGGCCAACUCGCCCACCACCAACAACAACACCAACAACACCACCAACAACAACCACAACCACAACCAAACGGCACCACCACCGCCAUCACCACCCCGCCCUCGUCAUCAACCCUCCCCCACCCCCCGAGCAUCGCCGCGAGCCCCACCGUCCGCGCCCCCUCGGACUCGCCCCCGCGCAGCGCCAUCUCGGACGGCACGGCCGCCGCCAUCGCCACCCCGACCGCCGCCAGCACCCGCCCGACACUCUCUGCUCUCUUGCACCCGUCCUCUGUGCCUGCGCCGCCGGCGGGGGGGUCGGAGCCGAAUAGUGCGCAUCCGGGGAGUGCGCAUCCGGGUAGUGCGGUUAGUGCGGUUAGUGCGGUUAGUGGGGUGAGCAGUGCUACCGCGGGGGGAGGCAGUGGGGGUGGGGGGGUGAGUAGUGCGGGGAGUUCGCCGAGCAGUGGGGCGGCGCCGAUGGUGGCGUCGGGGUCCGGGUCCGGGUCGGCGUCGGGGAGGGAUUUGCGCUCGCAGGGGGAGGAUGCCAGGGCGAUUGGCGUGUUGAAUAAGAAUUUCUUUUGAGUGUGUGUGAGAUGGGGGUUGUGGAGGGGGGUUGGAUGGGUGGGUGUGGCUGGAUGGGUGGGUGUCUGGAUGAACGUGUCUGGAUGAGUGUGUCUGGGAGGAAAGUAUUCAAC